AAACAAAUCUAAAAACAUGAUUUUGCUUUGUCAUUAUGGUGUGUGCAAAUUGAUGAGGGGGAAAAAAAUGAAUUAAUCCAUAAGGCUGUAACGUAACAAAAUUUGGAAAACGUCAAGGGGUCUAUCCCAGAGUGCAUAUUAAAAUUACAAGUGUACAUUUGUUUUGCAUGAAAACAUCCACUGUGUAUUUUUAUGUGUUAAAAAGAACAGGGUGUCAUUUGUAAUCAGACCUCAGUUUCACAGCUCUCACUUCCUGUCAAGUGAGGCAAGAGAAGGUUCUGUAUAAUACCAGACUAGGGCCUCGCAGACUUCUACAGUGGCUGCUUUCUGGGCUUCAUGUACAGCAAACUAAGGGGACCUCUUCUAGCUGAGACACACCAACUCAUAUAGGCAUUCUGCUUUUUGUGAACUUGGAGCAGGUUAAUGAAGGCCAGGAUUCUAGGGUUAAAUCCUGUGUAGGCUCUGUCAGUCAUCAGGACACACCAGAUUUCAGAGGAUAACAGGAAACAGCAAUGGAGGGAAAGAGUCUUGUUUUUGUGUUGUUUUUGUGGAUGCUGCCACUGGGACUGAAUAGCACAGUGACACUUCAGCCUAACAGCCACUCCACCGACUUCAGGAGCAGUGAGGUUACUGCAACUUCAGACAAAGUUUCACCUUUAGAAAUGGCACAAGAGCACCUCAACAAUGCACCAGAUGAAGGAAACUAUAGCACCGUAGCACCUUCUGUUGAGUUGAAGUUCACAGUGAAGAGUAAACCACAGACUCCAGAUCAGGUGUCCACCAGAUAUAUCAGCUCUUAUCUGCCUUCAAUCCACCCUUUGAGUACGAGAACAAGGAAGAACUCCCAGUCAUCUCAGGACCGCCAAACAACCAAAUAUAAAAACAACUCCACGGUGGAGAUCACAGCAGAUGGAGCCGAGGAAACUUCGCCCACUAUGGGGAAUCAGCCUCCGGUAAGCCGAGUUACACCCUCCGGCCAGGGCAAAGUAAGUCCAACAGCAUCACCUAGACCUUCGGAGUUAUCCUCUCAAACAACCUCACCGACAACAAAUCAACAAACAGAGAUCCAAACAGGGCCUGGUCCAACCAAUCUUCCGAUGUCGCAGUCCAACGACUCCACAGAGAGGAUCCGACCCACGCCAACUGGUGUUGGAUUUGGAGUGACACCGACUAGAGCCGAAUUGACUUUGAACAUAGGUAGGAAGGCUCAAUUUCCCAGCACACCCUCCCAGGCCCCAGUCACAAGCAGGAAAUCAACCCCUUCACACCCCACUGAAAGAGGUCCAACAGGCCUAUCUGAGCUGCCUAGCACUGCCACUUCACCCGCCACCCUACCUCCCUCUAUAGCCAUGACCAAAUCUUUCACCCACAUCUCCACUCCAUGGACAUCGACCCAGCCCGCCAAGACCCUUGCCACCACUGCAGCCUCUGUUACUGCUAGUAUUGCCGUUACCAGCACUAAGGGCCAAUCCCCACUAAUGGUCCCCACUACAAAACAUGUCGCUGCUGCCACCACCACCACGACAAAAAAUAAACCAAAGCCACCUCCGUCAAAACCGGCAAACAAAGACAAGAGCAAAACGACGGGGAACCAUGGCACAGUGGUGGCUGUACUGAUUGGUGUGACACUGGUUCUGAUGUUUGUCAGUUUUGGGGUCAUCUUCUUGAGGAAGCGCAGACAUCAGAGGAUGCAGCUGCAGAACACAGCCUGGGCCGGCCCCUCUCCGUUUCUGGACAGUGGAGUCCAGUCUCGACUGGAUAAUGACGAUAGCAGUGACGUCCACCUGAGGGGCUCCAAUCGAAUCUCCUUCUCUGGCUUCCUGUCUCAGCGACUCUCCAAGAGGCUGUCUCUGCUCCAGGAGACUGACGAGGAAUUCCGGAUGGGUGAGAUUCCGACAGGAAGUACAUUCGGAAGAGAGACUGUUUCAGAUGAUGUUCAACUGAGUAACGGGACUGCUGCAGUGCACAAAGAAAAGACCCAGAUUGAGGUGGUGCAACCUCUGGACAACUCGUCAUCUCCUCCUCCACCGACGUCUUCAGAGACCACUGCCACAGCACACACCCAUGACCAUCAGCCUCCUACCUCUUUGCAGGUUGUUGAUCUGGAGCCAGACAAUGUUCCAAAUUCCUCUCCCUCUCAUACACCACCAGAUAUCCCAGAAGCUAUUCCUCCACCACUGUUGGAUGUUUACCUGGGUCCCCCCUCAGACCCUGCCAGCCCCCCUCCACCAGAGAGCACAGACCUUCCAACCCCACUCCAUGACCUGCCUUAACCAGUCUCCAAGCAGAUAGUAACACACAGGAAACCCAUUCUCCUACCCCUCUACCCAACAAAGGAAACCACUCCCGCCAAAAAACAACUCAAACUGAUGCUCAUCAGUGUUCCGCUUACUUCAUCUAUACCUCUUUCUGAUGAAACAUUUCAUGAAUUGGAUCUUCAACUAGGCCUGUAGCCAGUUUGAUUGUCAAAACCGAGCCAAACCAUUUCCCUAUUUAACGGUAGAACUUUGACAGUGGCCACAAUAAUGUGAUUUUUAACACAUGAUCCCCGUGGUCUUUCUUUGGUAUUAAGACAUCCAAAUGUACACUGAGAAAGCUUCCCCAAAUGUUUUGAUUCAAGUCAGAUCCAUAUUCAUUCAGCCUGACCAAUCUGUAGCAGAGAGAUUGAUUUGAUGCUACAACAAUUGCUUUUUCUCCAGUGUACUUUUUGGAGGAAAACACAGUGACGUAAGGGCCUAAACAUCAGCAUCAUACCCAGUGGUGAGAUAAUUCAGAGAAGGAUGCACUGCUGAAGUAAUGUAAUUCUGUGUGAGCACAAGUGAACAUUUCCAGUCACAGCAAAAACUUUUUUUUUUUAAAUAAACAUCGACCCAGGCUGAGACAUUCAUUGGGCAAAAUGGUGACAGAGGAAGUUCUAAAAGGAAAUGAAACGAAGGGGUGAAUUAUAUAAUUAAACUGAGAAACGAUAGAUAGAAAGGGAUAAAAUGAAUGUGAAAAUUAGAGAAAGAGUGAGCAGGGAGUUAAGUCUCUCAGUGGGGCUGGCCCGACACCGUUAGUGAGUGCGUUACUGCAGUGUUGCAGUCACUCCUAGCGUAUUUCAGAGCUGUACAUCAGUACACUAACCGUAGAGAGAGCGGACAGGCCACAGAGACAGAAAGAGGGAAAUGUCAGACCCACAAAUAGCGCCUCAAUGUCUCAUCUGAAGAGAAACCACAGAAACAAUAAGAUGGGAGACGGAAAGCAACAACCACACACAAUUAUUUCCAUCUACACAUAUUCUUAACUGUUGACAAAUGAGAGUUGUGAAAUGCUCAUUGUUCAUCAAUCAUGUAUUUAUGCAGUAAAUCCGCUGACAUGCAAUAAACCCUCCGAUGUUAAACACUGGUUUGUAUUUGUGUACUACAUCAGCGUCAUACAGCGAGGCAGACGACAGGCUCAUUUGUUUUGGCCAGGCUAUAUUUCACUACUACGUGGUGAUUGAGGAGAGAGCAUCAUCCGCCUACACCACAAGCCCUGCUGACCAGAUGGCAGCCACGGCACCUGCUUUAUCCCUCCCUAUAAAGAACGCUGCCUGAAAGAUACAGCCGUCAUAAAUCCAAAACCCUCUCUGCCUUCCCUUCCCUCUCUCCACUACUCUAAUUCACAGCUCAUUCCAGACACAUUCUCCAGCUGAGUACUAAAAGGGAAAUGGUUCUAUUGAAAAAUGAUUGCAGAACUCUCUGUGUUGAUACUGCGGCAGAUAUGAAAGAAAAGUGAGAGAGGUUGAGGGAGAAAGCAGCAUGAGAAGUAGCGAAACUUGGGUAAGACAGACUAUUUUCAGUCCUGUUUCACUCUUACUGUUUUCACAUCUGCAGUUCCAGGUCUGACGUAGUUUUCAAACCACCAACUCAAUCUAUCAUAUCAAUCUUUCUACAGAAUCCAUGCCAUGUUCAUCUCAACACAGGUCUAUUCGUUCUACUAUCAUGACAAGCUAUUGUAAGAGUAUGAUUUUUAGUAUGACUACAAAUCAGACUUUUAUCAGUCCUUCCUUAUCAUUCUAAAACAAUUGCAUGUGCUGUGACUACAGUUGGUUUUCACACAAGUAGGGUGCAAGGUGGGAAACCUUUUGUUAAAACACCUUUUCACUCGUGCAAACACAUGUGGUUUGUGUAUCAAUUCUCUUGAUGCUUCAACUUAUUAACGAACCUGUGAACAUGACAGAAUUAUAGCAAUCAGAUCUUAGUCAAUUUCAGAGAAUGCAUUUUCUAAUCUAAUGACCUGAGGCGAAUAGCACACAUUAGUUUCGCAUCACAAACUCUCACAGCUUAUUGGUUGAACUCCCGAAACUAACACAGCUGAUUGGUGUUGCCAUGCAGAGUUUCACACUUUUGACUGGUCUGGUGUUACUGUGCUAGCACCAGGCACUGCACUGUGGAGGGACUUUCGUACUAGGUUGCAUUUGCAGAUACUUUUUCUGGAGAAUUGUGAUUACUGCCAGCAAUUCAUUCUGGCUCGUCGCUGAAUGAUGUUGCCAGCAGUAGCAGGGCAGCUUGCUUCGGUUGAAGUGCAGAAUUAAAUAUUCACUGCUUGCAUACGGCUAGUUGCAGAACAGAGCAGUUCUGUGGUGCUAAGUUCUGAGUGCCUAGCACAAUAAGCAUGAUGUUGUGUGAUUGUAUGUGUGUGUGUGUGUAUUUCCAUGAGAGAAGCCCCAAACCUGUUUUAUUGGCCAGACACAAUCUGCUAAACUAUGACUGCUUCUCAGAGAGAGAGAGAGGAGAGGGAGAGUGGGAAGAGGAUAGGAGAGAGAAAGGAGAGGGGGAGUGGAAAGAGGAUAGUAGAGAGAAAGGAGAGGGAGAGUGGAAAGAGGAUAGUAGAGAGAAAAGAGAGGGAGAGUGGAAAGAGGAUAGCAGAGAGAAAGGAGAGGGAGAGUGGAAAGAGGAUAGUAGAGAGAAAGGAGAGGGAGAGUGGAAAGAGGAUAGGAGAGAGAGAGGAGAGGGAGAGUGGGAAGAGGAUAGGAGAGAGAAAGGAGAGGGGGAGUGGAAAGAGGAUAGUAGAGAGAAAGGAGAGGGAGAGUGGAAAGAGGAUAGUAGAGAGAAAAGAGAGGGAGAGUGGAAAGAGGAUAGGAGAGAGAAAGGAGAGGGAGAGUGGAAAGAGGAUAGUAGAGAGAAAGGAGAGAGGGAGAGUGGGAAGAGGAUAGGAGAGGGAGAGUGGAAAGAGGAUAGUAGAGAGAAAGGAGAGAGGGAGAGUGGGAAGAGGAUAGGAGAGAGAGAGUGGAAAGAGGAUAGGAGAGAGAAAGGAGAGGGAGAGUGGGAAGAGGAUAGUAGAGAGAAAGGAGAGGGAGAGUGGAAAGAGGAUAGGAGAGGGAGAGUGGAAAGAGGAUAGGAGAGAGAAAGGAGAGGGAGAGUGGAAAGAGGAUAGUAGAGAGAAAGGAGAGGGAGAGUGGAAAGAGGAUAGUAGAGAGAAAGGAGAGGGAGAGUGGAAAGAGGAUAGUAGAGAGAAAGGAGACGGAGAGUGGAAAGAGGAUAGUAGAGAGAAAGGAGAGGGAGAGUGGAAAGAGGAUAGGAGAGAGAAAGGAGAGGGAGAGUGGAAAGAGGAUAGCAGAGAGAAAGGAGAGGGAGAGUGGAAAGAGGAUAGCAGAGAGAAAGGAGAGGGAGAGUGGAAAGAGGAUAGGAGAGAGAAAGGAGAGGGAGAGUGGAAAGAGGAUAGUAGAGAGAAAGGAGAGGGAGAGUGGAAAGAGGAUAGUAGAGAGAAAGGAGAGGGAGAGUGGAAAGAGGAUAGGAGAGGGAGAGUGGAAAGAGGAUAGGAGAGAGAAAGGAGAGGGAGAGUGGAAAAGGAUAGGAGAGAGAAAGGAGAGGGAGAGUGGAAAGAUGAUAGUAAAGAGAAAGGAGAGGGAGAGUGGAAAGAGGAUAGGAGAGAGAAAGCGGAAGACAGGACCACAUAACUACUUUCACACAAGUCCUCUAAAACCAAACAGGGUACGGACAUGUGAGCAUAGAGAUUAAUUCAUGAAAUGCGGUUUUCAAAACAUCAUUAGAAUCACCCCCCAGCAAUACAGACCCACUUAAAACGAGGAUUGUAUUAACAUGGCCACAGCAACGUUGGCCGUAAAACAAAGCCACUAGUCACAGAACACCUAUUCAUGGAUCAGCACAUUUGCAAAAAGCUGUUCUUAUUGCAGACUGCCAGGGUGCUUCCUGAAGGCAGCUGAAAUGGAGGAAGACCAGGAGGAUGGUGAGACAAAAACUGUACCGUUAAUACAAAAACAGUGUUAAUUUGCUGCUGAGAGCGGUGGAGGCAGCCAGUCGUUGUAGGUGCCAGUUGUGAUGUGAGAUAGCGCUGCCAUCAGGGGGCAGUGUGUGUGUGUGUGUUAUGCAUCCCAUAAGCAUUCGGCCAGAACAAUGUCACCCUGCCAGAUCUGUACAGUACUAAAGGGAAUUCAGGGGAACUGUGUGUGUGUUAAAACACUGUGAGAGCAAGAGAGAGAGGGCGAGAGUGAAGGGGAAAUGGAACAUACUGUGACUAUGAGAAUGUGAAAGUUGAACACACGAGACACUAAUGUCCAAUGAACAGCCCACAUUAGAAUGAGUUAGCGUGUUUGUAUGUACACUGAACAAAAUAUAAAUGCAACAUGCAAAAUACCCCAGAAAUGUUCCAUAAGCACAAAAUGCGUAUUUCUCUCAAAUUUUGUGCACAAAUGUGUUUACAUCUGUUAGUGAGCAUUUAUCUUCAGAAAAUGUGUGCUAUGUUCCUGAAUGUCAACUUCUGUCUGCAACUGCACGAAUAAAGUUUUUUUAAUGAUUUAAUUAAAAAUAUUGUCAUAAUGCUAAUUUCACCAAUGAGCCAAUGAUUGACAAGUACCAAGAAACGAACCCUAACAGGGUGAGCGGUUUGCUGAUGUCAACGUUGUGAACAGAGUAUCCCAUGGUGGUGGUGGAGUUAUGGUAUGGGCAGGCAUAAGCUAUGGACAAGGAACAAUUAUAUUUUAUCGGUGGCAAUUUGAAUGCACAGAGAUACCGUGAGGAGAUCCUGAGGCCCAUUGUUGUGCCAUUCAUCCGCCGCCAUCACCUCAUGUUUCAGCAUGAUAUUGCACGGCCCAAGAGAAAGAGGGGAAGGGAUAAUGGAGAAAUAAUUGCUUUUAUCAAGUGAGCGGGAUCCUGAUUCUAAAAAGAUUGGAGUCAGCACAGUCCCCCCACCCCCUGCUCUCCCCCGUCUCAUCAUCAGCAGAGGGGGCAGGCACUGUGCUGCAAUCCUCCCCUCUCUCUCCUUCAGACCGCUCUUUCCCUGAGUGCAUCAGGAGCCUGCAGAGGAGCGGUGGAGGAUGACUGGUGCUAUCAGGGGCACCCUGCUCUGGCAUGCUUGGAGGAUGCCACAAACCAGGAGAGGAUUUUGAGACGGAGCGAGAGAGCCUGUCAACCACUGGCCAACGCCAACACAGCACGAGAGAGAGAGAGACAGCGAGAGGAAGGGGGGUUCCACCUUUACCAGAGAAGGAAGAAGAGCAAGGGAGAAAAAAUUAAGUGAGAGAGAGGAAGGAUGUGAAAGAAAGGAAAAAUACCCCAAAAGAAAGCCAGUGCAAAAAACAGAGAGCCAAAAAAGAAAAUGGUGCAUGAAUAAUAAGGGCAACUUAACACCCCCUAGAUUUGACUUGACAAUCACUCUCUCCAGCCAGCUGCUCUGAAAAAAAGAGGGGGGAGCAAGUGAGAGGGCUGGCCGAGGGAAGGAGAGAGGACGAAAAGAGCAAGAUGACGGAGUGAAGCGAUGGAGAGGAUCAGAUGUGUGUGAAUGAGUGAUGGUCUUGACGAAGAUCCAUACAGGAUCAAAACUGUGUCCUUCCAUUUAGCCCUCAUUAUGCUCCCCCACGCCCCGUUGGCCUGCCUCUUCCUGCUCCUCCUGUCGGGGGUGCUGGGGGGGCUGGUCCUGUCCAUCUGCCCCGUCGUGUGCUCCUGCAGCCGGGGCCACCGUGUGGUGGACUGCUCCUCACGGCACCUCUCACAGCUGCCCCCAGGCCUGCAGCACAACAUCCGCUUCCUCAACCUCUCACACAACAGCCUUUGUGGUCUGGACGACCAGCUCAGCCACUACGCCCACCUGCGUACCCUGGACUUGUCCUAUAACCUCCUGGGUCGCUUCCCCUCCGGCCUGCCCAGGGCCCUCUGGGACAUCCGGGCCGCUGGCAACCAGCUCCGAGCCCUAGACAAGAACGACACGGCCUACCAUUGGAACCUGCGGGUACUGGACCUGUCAGCCAAUGAGUUGGAGAGGGUGGUCUUCAUCAACAACACCCUACCCAGCCUACACGCCCUAAACUUGAGUCACAACCGGUUCUGGACCGUGCCCACCAACAUGCCUCAUAAUCUGGAGAUGGUGGACUUGGCCCACAACUACCUGGUUCAGAUCCUCCUGGGAUCAUUGGACCGGCUGCCCAGGCUGAGGAGGUUCUACCUGCAUGCUAAUCGCUUCUCCUGGGUGCCGGAGGGGGUAUUUGACCGGUUGGAGGGGCUCGAGUUCUUGACACUUGGUGAUAACCCUUGGGCUUGUGAAGAGGAGGAGAACAUCACACGGCUCUUGCUCUGGGCCAAACACACCCGUGCCGCAGUGUUGGGCUGCCCCUGCUACACUAGGCCAACAUGUGGGCAAGCCCAUCUGGCCACUCCAGGAGGGGAGUGGCACUUUACGUCCCACACAGAGCCUCCGCUGGGGGCUGAUGCCAGAGAGCUGGGCCGUGGAGGCCUCACACCGGAUAGAGCUGCAGUCGUCACUUCUGGGUACUUGGCUAAGUCUGCGUUGUUGGAGCCUGGGACGCAUGGAGACAGAGGGUCUGCCAACAGCUCGGGGGAUCAGACAUGGUUUGUGUUCAUCUCCACCCCCUUGCACGGCCUCUCCACACGCACAAGCACUACAGGGCAGCCGCACUCCGCCGCCAAGAAGAAAAACACAGGAAGCACACAGAGCAGAAGCCACGGAGUCCACACACCAAUCCUGUAUUCUGUAGUCACCUGGAACCUUCUAGUCACGGUGACUGCCUUCAAAGCCUUCUAAACCCACCCGUUGUCAGUACUGGAGUCAAGUCUUGAUGGAUUUUGGAGAGGGCUAACCCGAUGUACAUAUGACCCAGAAUGUAAAAGGGAGAGAUUUGUUAUUGUUUUCAUUUUAAAGAACAACUUUCAACUGUUACUGCCUAAAUGUGUAUCCUCUCUCAUCUUCCAACCAUUUGACCACCAUCUACAGAGUGAUGUUGUGCUGUAUGGCUAUAUCUUUCAAACCUGUAUACAAAUAAUAUAUAGGCAAAUGUAUACACAUACAGUGCAUUUGGAAAGUAUUCAGACCCCUUCCAUUUUUACACAUUGUUACGUUUCAGCCUUAUUAUAAAAACAUUAAAUAUAUAUUUUUCCUCAUCAAUCUACACAAAAUACCCCAUAAUGACAAACAAAGCAAAAACAGGUUUUUAGAAAAACAGAAAUACCUUAUUUACAUAAGUAUUCAGACCCUUGGCUGUGAGAAUGGAAAAUGAGCUCAGGUGCAUCCUGUUUCCAUUGAUCGUCCUGGAGACUGGAAUCUUACUGGGGUCAAUUCAAUUGAUUGGACUAUAUAAGGUUGAUCCAGAUCAGUUGACAGUGCAUGUCAGAAAAAAAACAAACCAUGAAGUUAAAGGAAUUGUCAAUAGAGCCCCGAGACAGGAUUGUGUCGAGGCACAGAUCUGGAGAAGGGUACCCAAACAUUUCUGCAGCAUUGAAGGUCCCCAAAAACACAGCGCCUCCAUCAUUCUUAAAUGGAAGAAAUUUGGAAUCACCAAGACUCUUCCGAGAGGUGGCCGCCCUGCCAAACUGAGCAAUCGGGGGAGAAGGGCCUUGGUCAGGGAGGUGACCAAGAACCUGAUGAUCACUUUGACAGACCUCUAGAGAUCCUCUGUGGAGGUGGAAGAACCUUCCAGAAGAACAACCAUCUCUGAAGCACUCGACCAAUCAGGCCUUUAUGGUAGAGUGGCCAGACGGAAGCCACUCCUCAGUAAAAAAGGGACAUGAAAGCCCGCUGGGAGUUUACCAUAAAGCACCUAAGGGACUUAGACCAUGAGAAACAAGGUUCUCUGGUCUGAUGGACCUAAGAUUGUGUCACGUCUGAAGGAAACCUGGCACCAUCCCUACGGAACAUGGUGAUGGCAGCAUCAUGCUGUGAGGAUGUUUUUCAGCAGCAGGAGACGAGUCAGGAUCGAGGGAAAGAUGGAGCAAAGUAAAGAGAGAUCCUUGAUGAAAACCUGCUCCAGAGCACUCAGGACCUCAGACUGGUGGGGGGUUCACCUUCCAACAGGACAACAAACCUAACUGUACAGUCAAGACAACGAAGGAGUGGCUUCGGGACAAGUCUCUAGAUGUCCUCAAGUGGCCCAGCCAGAGCCCGGAUUUGAACCAGAUCAAACAUGUCUGGAGAGACCUGAAAAUAGCUGUGCAGCAACACUCCCCAUCCAACCUGACAGAGCUUGAGAGGAUCUGCAGAGAGGAAUCGGGAAAAACUCCCAAAAUACAGGUGUGCCAAGCUUGUACCGUCAAACCCAAGAAGACUCCAGGCUGUAAUCGCUACCAAAGAUGCUUCAACAAAGUACUGAGUAAAGGGUCUGAACUUACGUAAAUGUGAGACACACACAGACACACACAAACAUGUUUUUGCUUUGCCUUGUCAUUAUGGGGUAGUGUGUGUAGAGUGAUGAAACAAUUUAAUACAUUUUAGAAUAAGGCUGUAAACUAACUAACUAAAUUUGGAAAAAGUAAAAGGGGUCUGCAUACAUCUCGAAUGCAUUGUACAUGACUAAUAAUACUCUAUCGGUGCGGAAACAUGAAUGCUCUACUCUAUGUAGUCUAUACUGCUUGUCCGUUCUGAUGACAGAUGCUGCGUUUUCUGGUUACUAUGAUAUAAAGAAAAGGAAAACAUUUAGAACGCAUUUAAUGUACGUGUUGUUUGAAAGAGUCAGUGUAUGACGUGAGAAAUAAUCUUUAAACCUUGGCAUCAGC